AUUUAAUCUAGGGCUGUGCAUUAGGUUUCUGCGAAAAAAGAAAAAAAAAAAAUGGGGGGUGCGUUUGAGGAACUGGAGUGGAAGAUGAUGAAAAGGAAAGUAGACGUGGUCCCUACUAAGUUAGAACAAGUGAGAAAAAAUAAAAACUUGAAGAAUUGUGUUAACAGUUGACUAAUGACAUAAACGGUCAAAAUAAACGGCCCAAGGAACGGCGUCCAAAUAAGGAUGACAUUUAAUGGAAAAAGGAAGUAGAGGGAUGACGUUGAUUAGUGUUUGGGAAGCAGAGGGAUGACAAUGAACAAAUCCUUAGUAGAGGGAUGAGAACGAUAAAUAUUUAAAAGUAUA